CAGGGGUAUUGGAGAUGGCCGCGACAGAAAGCACGAUACGUUUCAGUGGCCACACAUUAGAUAAAGCUACCAAGGCAAAGGUGACAUUAGAAAACUACUACAGCAAUUUAAUAGCCCAACAUAUUGAGCGAAAGCAAAGGCUAGCAAAACUCGAGGAAUCAUUGAAAGAUGAGGGUUUAUCCGAGCAGCAGAAACAGGAGAAAAGGCUUCAGCAUGCGCAAAAAGAAACAGAGUUUCUUCGCUUGAAGCGAUCCAGACUCGGUGUCGAAGACUUUGAACCACUCAAGGUCAUCGGUCGUGGUGCCUUUGGCGAGGUAAGACUAGUGCAGAAAAAAGAUACCGGUCACGUUUACGCAAUGAAAAUAUUAAGAAAAGCAGAUAUGCUUGAAAAAGAACAAGUUGCACACGUAAGAGCUGAAAGAGAUGUACUCGUCGAAGCAGAUCACCAAUGGGUUGUUAAAAUGUAUUACAGUUUUCAAGAUCCAAUUAAUUUAUAUUUGAUAAUGGAGUUUUUACCUGGAGGCGACAUGAUGACGCUUCUAAUGAAGAAAGAUACACUUUCAGAGGAGUGCACUCAAUUUUAUAUAUCCGAGACGGCGUUAGCUAUUGAUUCUAUUCAUAAAUUAGGUUUUAUACAUAGAGAUAUUAAACCAGACAACCUGUUGCUUGAUGCACGGGGUCACAUUAAAUUAUCGGAUUUCGGCCUAUGUACGGGACUUAAAAAGUCGCACAGAACUGAUUUUUAUAGGGAUCUCAGUCAAGCUAAGCCAUCUGACUUUAUGACGUCAUGUGGUAGUGGCAGCGGUGGUGCAAUGGACAGUAAAAGACGAGCUGAAAGUUGGAAAAGAAAUAGACGAGCAUUGGCGUACAGUACGGUUGGAACACCCGAUUAUAUUGCUCCAGAAGUCUUCUUGCAGACUGGGUAUGGGCCAGCUUGUGACUGUUGGUCUCUUGGUGUUAUUAUGUAUGAAAUGUUAAUAGGUUAUCCUCCGUUCUGCAGUGAAAACCCACAAGAAACAUAUAGAAAAGUAAUGAAUUGGCGUGAGACAUUAAUAUUUCCACCAGAAGUGCCGAUUAGCGAGGAGGCCAAAGAUACUAUUAUUAAAUUCUGUUGCGAAGCUGACAGGAGAUUAGGAUCUCAAAGAGGUAUUGAAGAACUAAAAUUAGCACCUUUCUUCCGAGGUGUCGAUUGGGAGCAUAUACGUGAACGACCCGCUGCGAUACCAGUUGAAGUCCAAUCGAUAGAUGAUACAUCUAACUUUGAUGAUUUCCCUGACGUUAAACUUGAAAUACCUUCAGCACCACUGCCCCAGGACGGAGAGGUGAUAUACAAAGACUGGGUCUUCAUAAAUUACACAUUCAAACGUUUCGAAGGCCUUACACAGCGUGGAACGCCUACGAAAAAAUAG